AUGACGGUCGGGCAAGAGACGUCAUCCCCAGACGAAAUUGCGUCGAUACGCCCAUGCCUUCAAGUGGUCAUCCCACACCGCGGUGGUGGUAUACUAUGGCAAUUAACAGCGACUCUAUGCUGUGGUGCUCGUUGCUGCCGUGCCUGCUGCGGUGAUUGCUGCCGUCCACACCACUCAUCCUUCCAAGACCUCGCCGACGAUUUUGAUGACGACGACAACGUCGACGUGCCUAUAUCGCCUGGUUACUCGAGCGACAUCCCAUCAUCGACAUCACACUCGAGGUUAGCCUCCACCAGCUCGAGACGAUCGUCGUGCGGUGAAUCGCGUCGUGGUUCGACACCGGUGUCGGAGUAUUCGAGUUCGGGGUACCGACGGGGUAGCAGCACCCCAGUCCCCGUCAUAGACAUGAAACCGAUUGAGUUUUGGCCUCCUAAUAUGAGCCAGGAACCGGUCCAGCCGAGGCCGCUCACGAGACGAUAUACGAGUGAUCUCUCAUCAUUCGGUGAAGCUGAUAAAAUAGAACCAAAGCUAUACGAGGUGAAUGAAAAUGAAGAAGAUCUGACGGACGAAGAGAAAGUGGCAAGGUUCAAAUUGGGUAAGAUCCACUACGCCCUCAAAUACGAGGUGAACGAGGGACGAUUAAACGUCCGGAUCAUCAAGGCAAGGGACCUUCCACCGCCCAUGUUCUACGACUCCUCCAAACAAGACUUAUCACAUUCCAACCCUUACGUCAAGGUAUGCCUCCUACCUGAUCAGAAAGAUGCCAGACAGACCUCGGUGAAACGGAAAACACAGAAUCCCAACUUUGAGGAGAGUUUCUGUUUUAAUAUCCCUCACCAAGAGGCGCAGCGGAGGAUGUUGCUUUUGAGUGUACAAGACUUUGAUAAGUUCAGCAGGCAUUGUGUUAUAGGACAGCACACUGUACCCCUGGCGGGACUCAACCUGGUGAAGGGGGGCCAUUACUGGAAACCCCUUCAACCACCAAAUCAGAACAACCCCGGUCGUGGCGAGAUACUAUUAUCUCUCAACUAUCUACCCAGUGCAGGUAGGCUCAAUGUUGACGUCAUCAAAGCCAAACAGCUGUUGCAGACUGAUAUAGUCGGAGGUUCGGAUCCGUUUGUCAAGCUACAGAUGAUUAGUGGCCAAAAGGUGAUCAAGACAAAGAAGACUUCGACCAAGAAGAACACUCUCGAUCCCGUCUUUAACGAGACCUUCAGUUUCCAUGUGACGCCGUCGUCACUGAGUGACGUAAGCUUACUGGUCUCCAUAUGGGACUACAACACCAAGAGCAGGGACUACUUCACGGGACAGAUCAUCAUGGGAAAGUUCGCAUCAGGUCAUAGUGAGGUCACACAUUGGCAACGCAUGCGCAAUUCGCAACGAACUCCUGUGGCACAGUGGCAUACACUGCGCACUCGUGAAGACUGUGAAAAGGUUUUGCCACAUGCCAUGAUGGUUUCAUGAUAAGGAGCAGAGGACUGCGGUUCGAGACUCGGGAUAAGUCGAUGGAUAAUUAAGUAAAAAAAAUUAUCCAAAACGAAGGGCACGUCGUUUUGUGUACAACGAGGAGAAAAAUGAGUAAAGCAGGAUAUUGGUGGAUAGUAUGAGAGCAAUGACCGCAGUGGAUGUCAAUACUAAGUGAUGCAGUUAUCUGACGUGGGCGUUACCAUUUUAACGUGACAGUCGUUCGGUAUUCGAUUUUCUGACGGAUGUGUAAACAUUUGAAAUUAAUUUAUGCUCUUUUAGGAUGAGAAAAUAUUUUAGAGCUGUUAUUUGAAGCAAAGAACAUUUCAUCAUCCUUGAUCAUGAUGAUGGCUACACAAAUUAGUAAACAAAGAAGAUAGCUCAAAGUAAAGUGAGCGAAAAUGUGAAUGACAGUAUUUGGUAUUUGAUCAACACAUGGCCGAUCCUAUUCCAAAAGAAGAACACUUUUCAAUCAACUGAGCUUCUGAACGUGAUAUUAUCGUUUGGAGAACUGGCGAUUUGAAGUUGGUCGAUGAAAACAAAUACGUUUUUUUUAUAAACCUAGUGUUGUGUUUAAUUACAAUCUAUGUGUAGUAAAUUGAGAACAAAACCAAAAUGAAUGUCAUGUCAGUGUAGAUAUUUUUAAUUCAACAGUACUUUUUUAGGUAAUUGACAUCAUAACAAAUUCUCUGUUUAGUAUUUAUUACGUCAACUUAACAUUUUCUACUUAAUGCUGGCUUUCAAUUAAUAAAGGAACAAAUGUGGAAACUAUUUACACUUGCAUCUGCUGCUCCCAAAGCACACGCUUGCCUCUAGACAUUGAAAAUAACAUGCUUAUUGUGAUUAUACUAGACUUUUCAUCGUUCGACAUUCCAAAAAGGCUGCUGGGUAUUCAUUCGCCAAUGUAUAUGGUUUCGAAAUUGCUUUGUCCUGUAAACAAAUAUUGCGCAAACACCUUUGGCCAAUUCCUUAUAGGAAAUAACAGCAACAAAACCAACCUUGCCAAUUGUAAUUGUUUUUGUUGUUGUUGUUCUUUUCUUUUCUUUAUUUUGUACGGAUAGACAGGGUGUAGGGGGGGGGGCUUUGUUACAAAUAUUCGGCAAAAUGUCGAUACAGUCGACCAGAUGCCCCAACCCAUUCCGAAUUUUCCUUUGAUCCUUAUGCUGGUCGGGUAGAUGGGUUCUUCUAUUCUAGAAGGUCUUUUGGACCUUGUAAUUCUCUUGAUGAUUAUACCUUGCGAUACUACAAUUGACCUGCUUAUAUCUCUCUCCCCAAAGGUGCAAGGAUGCUUAGGUAGAAACAUAUUUCUGACAGUAGUUGACGUGAAAGAGGUACACGUAUUACUAUUAAUACGUCAGGUUUGUGCUAAGCCACCUUGAAAACGACUUUUUUAGAUACCGAUUUGUACAUGUAUAUUAUAAUCAUUUGUUCACAUGUCUUAAUUGGUUAUCUUGAUAUUAGUUCUCAAACGUAUAGGUAGGGGUAAGUAGGUAAGUGCUAGUGAGUUGAUGUGUGUUGGCGGGUGGUGAGUGUGAAUUCCGUCAGCUAGUUGCUGAAAACGAAUAUGUAGGGAGGGAUACUAUGCCAUUACUCCAUGUUUGAGCAUAAUAGUUUUUGGACAAUGUCAUCUUUACGUAGCGCGUCCAAUGCCGAAAAGGAGGAGUCUUCCGUCGGGCAAAUGACGAAAAAAAGAAGUUAUGUGAA